AUUUAGGUUUCUACUAUAGAGGGUAGAUUUCUCACAUUGUUUGUCGAUGGAUUAAACGUAAUACUGAACGGACGUGUUUUGUGAUCUCCUCAUAUCCUGGAUUCCCUAGACCCUCGGCAGAAACUCUUCAGUGGCGACGAGAACAAUUGGACAUCAGUGCAUUUGAUAAGUGUUUAGUUUGUUAUAGACAGUGUACGAUAUGCCGGUGGGAAAGGUCGGGCCGUUUGACCUUAACAAUGACAACUGGGAACUGUAUGUUGACCGUUUAGAACAAUAUUUCGUGGCAAACGAGGUUAAAACUGACAUGAAAGUGGCUACGCUGAUAACAGUGAUGGGCGGUGACGCUUAUGAACUAAUGGUGAACUUGUGCACACCCGCGAAACCAGCUAGUAAAACGUAUGAUCAGCUGGUCGAGUUAAUGAAGGGUCAUUUAAAUCCAAAGCCUAGUUUGCUCGCAGAACGUUUUAAAUUCCGUCAGCGUGUGCAAAAACAUGAUGAAAAUAUUGCGAACUUCGUAACGGACCUUAAAAAACUUAGUAAGGACUGCAGUUUCACAGGGGAUAGUUUGAAGGAAAACUUGAGAGAUCAGUUCGUGUGCGGUCUGUUAAAUGAUGACAUUAGACAGAAGUUAUUCACGGAGGACGACACGAUCACUUUCGAUCGGGCGUACAAGCUCGCCGUGGCCAUGGAGGCGGCCGAGGUCAACGCGGCGCUAGUGGAGGACUGUGCUCGGAGUCGAACCAGCGACAGUAUGCCAGCGAGUGCGACGACAUCGGUGCAUCAUGUGGGUCGGGCCGGCCGAGACCGGGCGGCGGCGCCGGACGGCGGGCGAGCCACAGCGGGCCGAGCGAGCCGCGGGAAGAUAACGGGCGGCGGCGGUCCAAGCGCCAUAAGCGGAGCGGAUAGCGGGAAGUGGCGAGGCUUCGGGCAAAACAAUAACACGGAGUUAAAUGGAGCAUGUAAAGUGUGCGGAGCGAAGCAUGAAGCCGACAGCUGCAAAUUUAAGAAAUAUGUCUGUCGAGUGUGUAACCAAGAGGGACACUUAAAAAGGGUAUGUCCUAAGUUGCGGGGAAAUUCGUCUCUAUACAACGUGAGGGAGGAGAAGGGUGUGUAUUGGGACAAUUCGGACAGCGGAGACAGCAGCGGCAGCGACAGUGAAGAGUUCCAGAUACUGUGAGGUGUUUGCGGAGGGCUUGGGCCGGUUCACGGGCGGCACGGUCGGGUUCCACCUGCGGCCGGGCGCGCGGCCGCUGUUCCUGCGCGCGCGCCCGCUGGCGUACGCGCUGCGCGAGCCGGUGG